GCGCGUGAGAUUUUAAAUGCACCCGAAUUGCUCCUGCAGAUGUUAUACUCUGAUCAGUCUGUGCUGUUGGGGGGGGGCGGUGCCACCCUUUUAGACACGCCCCUGCAAACAGCACUGUUAAUUAUAUUGAUACAGUAGCCUACAUGCAUGACGAGUGUUUGGUAAUAAGCAUAAUUGUUAGAGUGGUUUUGGUGUUGAUGGUUGAAGCUGCGCUACUUUUUGGCAUUUUGUAGCGUUGAGCUAUCGAGGGGCGGGACGUCUGUCAGUGAUGUUCAAAUUGCUACAACCCAAGUCAUUCACAUCAGGUGAGCAAGUUUUUACGGGAACCUCAGCGCGCCAACACUGCCCGAGCAUGAAAUGCCUUCUCCUUUAUCUACUGAUAAUUCUCCUGAGUCAAAGAGCCAACAUGGAGCGUAUUGAGAGGAACCAAGACUGUACAUGGCGUUGUUCUGAGGGUCUACAGUGUAAACCUAGACCUUACUCUCCACUUUCAUUAUCUCACUGCAAGAAUCAGCCGGUCAGCAGUGCUGUAUUUUAUAAUGUGAUGCUGUCCACUGUAUUGGGAUGUGAGGGGAGAAAAUGUUCACUGCAACUCAAAAUCGCAACAUCGGUGAAUAUAACUGGUAAAAUCCGUGGAGUUUCAGUGUGUGUCGACUCUGCAGGAAUGAUGGGACACUGUCAGAUUUAUAACUUUGGCCAUGCUGGCAGAGAAAACUUUACAGGAAAACAGGCUGAUGUGCAAGUGAAGUGUGUUCCGGUAAGACCCGGUCAGCAUGUGUUUGUAACUCUCAAAACUGUUCCUAACUACUGUAAAGCCGUAAGGAUGCAAAGAUACGUCGUCCCUGGUAUGAAAUGCAGCCAUAAAGAUAUCAGAGAUAUUGUCUCAGAGUGCAUCACUGGAAAGCUGAAUUAUACUGUGGAUAAAGGCAGAAGAGAGAUAAUAGUGGCAGUGACUGAUGCUCCUUUAAACACGGAUUACAACCUCAGGCUCUGUCAUAAACGCAGCGUCAUCUGUGCAGGUGAAGGAACUCACAAAACGAUAAAACCACAAGAUCUACAGAGAAGCAUCACAUUUCAGUACUCGAAGGCUCUGCCUUGUUUGUGCAUUGAGGGCUGGCCUGCCAGAGUAGAUGCACGGCGAGUUCAAGCGUGUCCAUUCAGAAACGAUUUGGAGGAGCUGUGGUCUGGAAUAACCUAUGACCCCAACAAAGAGGAGUUGAUAUGGGAGCCUUUGUGUCCCAUCAAAGCAUCCGUUUCUCUGUGCCAUGCAGACGGAGAGAACCGUUGCCGAGACCUUGGAGAUGUUAUUUACUCAGAAGGACAACAAGUGAUAUUCUCUUCUGUGGAUCCACACCCUAUGCUUUGCACGAAGUUUACCACCGAAGUGGGUACAUGGAUUAAAUGUCCUUUCAUCAAAGGGAAUUUCUCAGUGUGGAGCGCAAAGCUGAAGUCAAAACACGGUCACCGUUGGGCAGAGAUUGUAUCGUGGGUGAAAGCUAACUUCUCUGUUUCCCUUUGUGAGACGAAGCCCUUCUCUCAGUGCAAACCGACCGAGAGAAUCACAACACAAACCCUUGUGGUAAAUCGUCAUAAACAGGAUUAUCAAGCUGACAAAAUGAGGCACACAACUUUCAACUUGUCCAGAGGUGCGUGCGAAAUGUGUGUUUGCAUCCAGGUGCAGAGAGUAGAUGUUCAGUUUUCAGUUCCAGUCCUCCAGUGCGACUUGGAGUGUUCGAAUUGGUGCCGUGACCAGGAGAGAAGUUACUAUGGAAAGUUUGAGAAGAUCAUAGUGCCUGCUGCUGUUUUUCUGACGGUGCUCUUGGCAGCUGCUUUUAUCGCUAAAAUGACAAUAAAAGAUGGGAGUAAAAGAACAUUGUGGAAGAAACUUAGCGAACGUUGAAAAUAUGGGGCUACAUGGCAAAGCUUGGAAAAGCACAUACAGUACAUGCAUCAUUAAAUGAAUUCAUAUGACUACUGGAUUAAUGUUUGUCUGAACACUACAUUUGUGAGUAUUUAGCGAUCAAUAUGAAAUAAAAAAAAAAGUUAUCCGUGCGCCACCAUUUUUGAAUACACCACGUUGAUCUUUAUGUUUUAAGGAUAUGCAAUGUAUCGGCAACUAAAUAACCUCAAAAUAUUAAAUGUUUUCUCUCAUAAAUGUAUCAUUUUGCUUUAUUUUAUUUUAUUUUUAACAGUUUUUACAGAAACAUAAAACAGAAAUUGUGCAAAAUUUAUACAAAAAAGUUUCUUUUACGUAUAUAGCCUACAUAGGCCUAUGAGUUCGAGUCCCGGCUUGUGGUCCUUUCCUGAUCUCGCCCCCCUUAUUUCUCUUACUUUGUUACCUGUCCUCUCUACUACUCUACUGUAUAAUUAAAAGCAGAAAGCACAAAACAUUUGUUUUAAAAAAGUAUGCUAUACAUAAAGUAGGCCUAUACACACGAAAUAAAAAUACAAAAUCAUGUUGCUUUAUUAUUAUUAUUUACUUUAUUUAUAACAGUUUUUAUACAGACAGAAAUGGUGCGAAAUGUAUACAAAAAGUUUGCUAUACAUAUAUACAUAGGCCUACUGUAUGAGUUCGAGUCCCGACUUGUGGUGCUUUCCUUUUCUCGCCCCUCUUAUCCCUCCCACUUUGUUUCCUGUCCUCUCUACUACUCUACUGCAUAAUUAAAAGCAGAAAUCACAAAAAUAUUUAUUUAAAAAAGUAUACUAUACGUAAAAUAAACACACAAAAGAAAAAUACAAAAUAAUUUUGCUUUAUUACCUAUUGGGGUAAUUUGGUUUAGUUAAACGACAAUUUAUGUGCUUUUUAGAGCUUUGCCAUUAAGUCACAUAUGAGAUAAUAGGAUAGUAUUUUAAUAUAAAAUGAUUUGUCUGUGUUCAACGGAAGAAAGAAAGUCAUAUACAUCUGGUAUGGCACACGGGUGAGUAAAUUAGGAAACGUUCAUAUCUGGGUAAAUCCUUUAA